GGAAGCAAAGGGCGGAGUUUCACGGCUGCUUUUAGCGGGCGCGAGAGUUUUUUUCUGUUUGUUUAUUAUGUUCAGUCUUCAUGACACCAAAAUGGGAGCUGGUAUCUCUACCUCGAUGGGAGAUGAUGGCUUACUGGACUCUUUCAUUCUUCUCUCAUUUCUAUUCAUUUUACCAGCUGCAAAGGUUUUCUAAAGAGCAUGAGGUCAGUCUGGACAGAGAGGUGCAGCUGGAGAGAGGAUUCUUUAUAUGGGGAUUUAAGAAGGACCCUACUGAUUUUGAGUGGAGUUUUUGGAAUGAGUGGGCGUGGCGAUCUCUUCUCUGGUCUCUGAUUGGCCAUGCUGUGGUGUCCAGGCUGGCAUAUUAUUAUCUGCCUCAGUAUCGACUGGCAGUCUUUGCGAUGUAUGGUUUGAUCUCAGCUGGUUGGAUUCUCGGGGUGAGGGGUGUGAUUGUUUUGAUGCUGCAUCUGAGCAUCUCAUUGGUGGUUGCUCAGCUACGUAGCCCCAUCCUGUCGUGGUUUUGCUCCCUCUUGCUGCUCUCCACACUUAAUGUCAGUGCCCUCCAGGAUUUACAGCGUGGCUGGUACACUUCCGAGGAUCAAUACUACCUCUUGCUCUUCAGCACUGCUGUUUGUAGUUUGCGCUGCAUUAGUUUUAGUCUGGAGAUGUGUUGGCACCCCCUGCAGGCUGGAGGACCAAACCACUGCUCAUCUCUUCAAAAUCAAGCACUUAAGACUCUAUUUUAUCAGUUCUUCAAACUCACUGCUUUCUGCUUCUAUCAUCCUCUGUUCUACAAUGGACCCAUCGUGACCUACAAAGACUUCAGUGAACAGAUUGAGAGACCAGUGUGUAAAGUGUCCAUGCUGCAUGUGUUCAGUGGAAUACUGCGCUUGUGUGUCUGGUGGUGCUUGGCUGAAUUCAUGAUCCACUUCAUGUACAUUCAUGCCAUCCAGAGCAAUGAAACUUACCUGGAGAUGCUGCCGCCUUGGGCAAUGGGUGGACUGGCUCUUGCGCUGGUGCAGUUUUUUUACGUCAAAUAUCUGGUCCUGUUUGGAGCGGUAUCUCUGCUCGUCAGGUUGGAUGGACUGGAGCCACCCACGUUACCUCGGUGUGUCAGCAUCAUGUACAGCUUCACUGGGAUGUGGAGACACUUUGACGUGGGGCUUUACAAAUGGCUCAUCAGGUACAUAUAUGUGCCUCUGGGUGGUUCACGUCAUGGUGCUUUCCGGAAGCUUCUCUCCACUGCGCUGGCGUUUGGGUUUGUGUGUUUCUGGCAUGGUUGCCAUGACUACCUGCUGUACUGGGCACUGCUGAACUGGGUAGGGGUGUUAGUGGAAAGCGCAUUUGCACUCCUCUUCUCCUCUCGCCCUCUUCGUCAUGCUAUUGUCUACUGUCUGACACCUCAGAUGCAGAGACGUGGCUUGGCUCUAAUCUCCGCCUUCUCCACUGCAUUUCUCAUUCUGUCCAAUCUCUUUUUUCUGGGUGGGACCCAUGUAGGUAGAAUCUUCUGGAAGAAAUUAUUUGUCCAAGACUGGUCUUCUGUGGCCGUUCCAGUGGUUGCUUUUCUCUAUUGCUUUGCUCAAGUUGGUAUUGAAUGGGACAUGAGAUGACAACACCACUCAAUGGAAUCAUGGGAAGGCAAAACAUUCCUCACAGAAAACAUUAUGGUAUUAUUUCAACCAGCAUUCCACUCCAGCCAUAUCAUGUGUUCGUGUAUAAUACAGUAUACUCUGCUGCAUUUGAACAGUGUGUGUUUGGAAACGAGUGCCCCAGGUGUGUGUUUGAUGGUUAAUCCUGUCGCUGCUUUAUUUAUGAGUUUGUCUGAACACUGAUGGUGACACAGGUCUCUGAUCAGCGGCCAGGAUACAGCCGGACCAUUGCUCUCUCUCUGUCCGUCCAUCUGUGUAUAUUUCCACCCUGGCGUUCAAUUUUGUCCCUCUGAUCUUCCUUGUCCUGAUCUCUCUGUCCCGUCUUGUGUUUUUAUACUCUCUUUCUCCUUGUGUAUCUGCUUCUGUGUUCUUACUAACAGCUCAAGCAGCUCUGUGUGGUUAAUUAGAUGAGUGAUCUGCUAGCCUGGAGUUUCUCUUUUAUUAGAGAGAGGUAAGACGUGUGUAUGUUUCAGUGUUAGAAGGGGAUUACACUUUAAAGAGCUUUAUCUCUGUAGCAUAGCUUUAUCUGCAUCGGAUUAAUCACUCAUAAUCCCCCUUCACAAAAGUCUCUUUCACUUUCAGUUUAGGGGGAUUUAUUUGCAUAUGUUGGACAUUGUUUUGUUUGUAUUUACCAUAUGAUUUAAAAACCGCCAUUCGUGUUAAGAAACUAAUAUUUAUAUUGCAGUAGACACUUGGAAAAAGACAAAAUAACUUGAAUAUUAUUAUGAAUCUCUUAAAGGGAUAGUUUAACCAACUAUUAAUAGUUACCACAUCAUUUAUUUUCCAGCAUGUGCUUUUAAACCUUUAUGAGUUUCUGCUGGUUGCUGGAACCCAUUGACUUACAUAGUAUUUUUUCUGCUAAGGAAGUCAAUGGGAGCCGGCAGUCAUUUGUGUUUAUGAAAGAAUCACAGAUACUAGUGAAUGGUGAGUAAAUGAAGCCAGAAUUUUAAUUUGUGGGUGAACUAUCUCUUUAAAUCAAUCGAUUGAGUCUAUAAAAGUGAUAAGAGAUGUGCUCUGUGUUUUUGAUAUCAGUUUUGCUGCUCAGUGUCUCUUUCUCUGCACUGUGAUGUGAUGUUAUUUUAGUAUAGAUGGUAUGGCAGAGGUCAUGUGUGACCUGGCCUUUCUGUGAGUCAUACUGAAAUUACUUACUGACACUGCAGGUUACACAGGUCCUUAAUAUGGGUGUGUGUCUCAGCACAGGUCACUCUGCAAUUAACGAAUGUUGAUUAAUAAGUUACGAAACAUCCUUCACUCUUUAAAGUAUUCAUGAUUACACAGUUAGAAAAAAAGAUCAGUCUUUUUGUCUGCUUCAAGUAAGCAUUAAAUGUCAUUAACAAA